AAAUUUUACAGAAUUUGUAGCAAUUUUACGAUAAUACAUUGUAACUAAUUUUCAUUGUCCACUAUUAUAGCGCGACAAGUUGAAAAUCUGCUAAUAAAAUAUUAACUUCGUUGUGAAGCUUUCCAAGAAGUAGGGAAACCUCUAUUGACAUGGUUUUAUUCCCCUUGCCAAGAAUCCAUACUCCUUAAGACCAUGAGAGCGACAAGAAUUUCUUUUCAAGUAUUAGAAUUUUUAGGUCUGUGGAGACCUGAAUCUUGGAAAACAAAGCGGUUCAAUAUUCUUUAUAAUAUUAUUAAUAUAAUUUCUUUAAUUAACAUAUAUUUUCUUACUACGGGCUUUAUUAUUGUUACUAUUCAAAAUUUUGAUAAAGUCGGCGACAAUUCAGAAAAUACGAGUUGUUCACUUGUUGCAUUUAUGUUUUGUUUCAAAAUGACAUACUUUUAUGUAUAUCGAGAUGAAAUUAUCAAUUUCUUAAAUAUGUUCUUGCAAGAAACUUGUAUUCCUCGCGAUAAAUAUGAAAUGUCAAUUUGGAAAGGGUGUGAGGAUUUUAGUAGAUUCCUAACACGGAUUUUUGUAAUCAUGUGUUGUACAGUUGUAGUAGGCACUUCAUUCUUACCAUUAUUAAACAUGAAAAAUAUACAAUUGCCUUUUAAUUGUUGGACCCCUUUUGAUAUUGAUUCAGAAUUUAGAUUUUGGGUUAAUUAUUUCUAUUUAGCUUAUAGUUCCUUUGUAGUAAUAUGUGGAACUGCUGCUGUAGAAGUAGUUGCAUCAAUUCUGAUGCAACUUAUGUGCGCUCAGCUUGAAAUCAUGGGAUAUCGAUUAUUAAAACUUAUUUCUUUGGAAAACAAUAAUUAUUCAACAAAAGAUUUUUUUAAAUACCAAAGCGCAAUUCUCAAAGACUGUAUUACUCAUCAUAUUUAUUUAUAUUCAAUUGAGAAGCGUCUAAAUGAAAUUUUCGGAUUUAUGGUUGCUUUACAAUUUUUAGUUUCAACUCUAAAUAUAUGUACAAGCUGUUAUCAGUUGACGAAACUAAAUCCUAAUAGUUCAAGAUUUUGGACACUUUUUGCCGUGACCGUUUGUUUUCUUACACAAAUUUCGUAUUAUUGUUUUCCUGGAGAGAAAAUGAUCCAAAAGAGUAUGGCAUUAAAAGAUGAAAUAUAUAAAAUGGAUUGGAAUUUACUUACUAAAGAAACAAAACAUAACUUAUUGAUUAUAAUGAUGAGAGCUAAUCAACCAAUGCAACUUUCAGGAGCUUCAAUAGUCAACAUGUCGGUUGAAACUCUUGUUAAGAAUACAACAACAAUUAAACACCGUUUUUGGUUUUCUGAUUUUCCUUCAGUUCUUUUUUUCUACAUCGAUUUUAUGUACAACUGGUUAUUAUUUAACAAAAGUAAGUGUAAGCGGUGCAUAUUUUUGGUUUGUAAUGAUGAUGAUGGCUGUAUUUGUUUUGGAGAUUUACAUGUAUUGCUUGUUUGGUGAAGAAAUUACA